AUGAGGUCUGGAGGUGUGGCUCUUGACACCCGCCUGGCAAAAGCCAAGGGAGUGGUGGCUGAGCUGUCACACAGACUCAAAAAAACAAGAGAGGCGAACCCCUGCCUGAUGGAUGUGCCUUUCUGGGUGCACAAGCCUGCAGGUGAUGCAAAUGGAAAUUCACAAAGCAAGGAGUUAUCAUUGGAAAUGAAAAAUGAUCUGAAUGAGGCCAACCUCAUGCUUCACCAUGGUGACAAAAUGCAUCCAUAUUUAAAAGAAUCAUUAAGAAAUUCAGCUUCCGUGGCAGCUCAGAGCAAGACUGUGGAUCUUUUCUUUGCUCCUGCAGAAGAGCAUUUUGCUGGGGUGUCCCGUGGUGUUGGGAAAGCCCCAGCGAGGGACUGGCUGGGAGGAGGGCCCAGGGCUGCUGACAGCCACAGAGGACAGUACUGCAAAGGAGAGCCUCUGGGGUCAGGACUGCCACGCUGGCAGAAACGCUCAGAAAUUGGGAUUUCUGAGGAGCAAGCACCAAGUGUUUUUCUUAAGGGGCUAGGCUCUGAGUUGAAACUGUCUUGCCUGUGUUCCGACCUGUCUAUAUUGCUGCAUGCACAUCCUGAAGUACUCCCAAAUGAUGAGACAAGGUGUGUUUUCCUUGGCCAUUCAAAGCCCAUGUUUUCAGAGCAAAUAGAAGAAUACAAGAAAAUGCUUUCAAGGGUAAAAAGUACCUCAAAUCACCUGCAGAUAACACCAGGGUUACUGGCUCUACAAGCUUUUGAAGUAGCAGCUCCAUUAUGCCAUAGUUAAGUAAGGUACAAGCAGAACAAUAAAAAUAGAUUAAUUUUAAAAGUUGUCUUAGAACGAUUUCUUUUGCAUUAAGUCUGGAUGUGAGCAGCACAGCCAUGAAGGUCCUGUGUUUUUUUGUAUGACUAGACACACUUCAAGUAAGAGGAAUUGAAACUCAUGGAAAGCUGAUUGAUGCAGAAAGGGAUUUUUGAUGUUGCUUUAAAUUGUGCUUGAAAGAUGUUCAGGAUUGGGAAACCACUUUGAGGAGAACAUUACUAUAUCCUACAUGAAUGUCAGAACAUAAAGAUUUAACAUAAAGUUCUUUAUUUUCAGCACUCAUUCUCGAAGGCUACUGUCUCAGAUACUGGCUUUUUUUAAACAGUCUCUGAUCAUCUAACAGAAGUGAAUAUUUGUGAGAGUGAACCCACCUCUUUUUGCUCCAUGCUUUGCUGAGGUGAUGUAAGCUGUUACCGUUUUUGCAAUUUGUAGAAUAAUUUUGGUCUGCAGCAAAAUUUGAUUUCUCACAUCCCUUCCACUUGAAAUGCAAUUUAAAUGGAGGCCCUAUGGUGAAAGUUGCAAUGUUAAACUUACCUUUAGAAUAAUCCUUUCUCAAACUAGGAACCCUAGCAGUGUUGCCUGAAAUAAAUAGGAACUUGAGACUACUUGAGAGGCAAAUCAGCUAUUUCUCUUAUAUAAAGUUUCCAGUUCUAGGAAUUGAGGUAUCUCUUACACUAAGAUUUUUCUGAGGUAACCCCUUUUGUUGUUGAUAACUUUGAUAAAGGUCACUAAAGAGUGUCAUUUUUUAAGGAGUCCCAAAGUAAAGCUUAACCAUCUCUGAAGUUAUUGCAUCUGUCAGUUUGUGUGCUAAAUGACUAUGCCAUGUACUAUUUUGGUGUUUUGGGAAUAUGAAAAAUAAAAUUUGUUCUUAGCAUAAUAAAUGUCUUAUUUUAUGCGUGUA